GAAUACACAAUUCAAUUCACACCGCUGGAAUGGAGAGAGAAAUUGCCAGCCUGCCUGCCGAAAAAGAUCCCGGGUGGCCCACCUGCCAGCCUCAGCACCCGCAGCGUUAACCCCUGCCCACCCCACCUCUCUCCUCAGCUUUAAGCAUCCUCUGCGGCGCAACGGCCACACCUCCUCCCCCGGCCUCCGCUCUCCUCGCCGCCCGCCCGCCCGCCCGCCUCUCUCUCCUCGCCGCUCGCCGCCAUGAACAACCUCCUCACGGAUUCCUUUGAGCUCCCUCGGCGGGACUCCUCAAGAGAUGCGGACAUUGAAAUGGGAAUGCAUCAGGCUGAUGCUUCAGACAACUUAAAGGAUUUCUUGAAGAAGGUCGAUGCAAUUGAGAGUUUAAUUGCAAAGCUGACAAAUCUAUUGAAUAAGCUCCAGACUGCAAAUGAGGAAUCCAAAGCAGUUACAAAAGCAAGUUCCAUGAAAGCAAUUAAGCAGCGGAUGGAGAAAGAUAUUGAUGAAGUGGGGAAAAUUGCUCGUCAGGCAAAGACAAAAGUUGAUGAACUGGAAAAAGAUAACUUAUUGAAUAGGCAAAAACCUGGAUGUGGAAAGGGUUCUGCCGUGGACCGAUCAAGAGAGCAGACUACUGGAGCAGUAAAAAAGAAAUUGAAGGAGCGGAUGGAUGAUUUUCAGACCUUGAGAGAAGCAAUCAGGCAAGAGUAUCGGGAGGUUGUUGAAAGAAGGGUUUUUACUGUAACUGGUAAUCGUCCUGAUGAAGAGACAAUUGAUGAUUUGAUAGAGACUGGAAAAAGUGAGCAAAUAUUCAAAGAUGCUAUCCAACAUCAGGGAAGAGGCCAGAUACUGGACACAGUUGCUGAAAUACAGGAGCGACAUGAUGCUGUAAGGGAUCUAGAGAGGAAGCUUUUGGAGUUGCAACAGAUAUUCAUGGACAUGGCAGUUCUUGUUGAGGCUCAAGGAGACAUGAUCAACAACAUCGAGACACAUGUCUCGAACGCCACCAAUCACAUACAGCAAGGUGUGACCGCACUCCAGAGCGCGAAGAAACUGCAGAAGAAUUCGAGGAAGUGGAUGUGCUAUGCCAUCAUCCUACUGCUGGUGAUAGUGGUGGUCAUUGUCGUCGCGGUCAUCCAGCCAUGGAAGAAGGGCUAGCGUGGUUCCAAACAGGGAGGAGGGCAUGGCAUGGGAUAUACCUUGUUGCCCUUUUUGCUGUUUGUGUAAUAUGUGUGCAGUUUUUUGUGGGGUGAUUCGUGAUUUAUUAUAUCGUUGUACCUAUGGUCGACACAUCAGAAGCUUUGGCAUUUCUAUUCAUUCUGUGUGUGUGGGGGGGGAUAGUUCGGUUCGGUGGUAAUGACACUCCAAUGGCUCCCGCUCCGUGAAAUGUCGUUGUGAUCAUAUGCUGAUGAAAAAUGGCGCUUCUCGAAUGCUGCUUUCUUCA